AUGUUUGCAGUAAAUCUUUUUAGAACUAUACCUCCACAAGUAAAUCCUAUAGGUGAUGCUUUUGAUCCUGAAGAAGAUGAACCUGUACUUGAACUUGCAUGGCCACAUCUUCAAAUUGUUUACGAGUUUUUUCUUAGAUUUAUUGAGUCUCCUGAUUUCAAUACAAAUAUUGCAAAGAAAUAUAUAGAUCCUCAAUUUAUAUUACAAAAAAAGAUCCUGGAUGUAAUAGAGCCACAAGAAUGUGUGAAAAUUCAAGUACCGUUAUUUCAACAAGUUGCAAGAUGUGUUUCAAGUCCUCAUUUUCAGGUAGCAGAAAGAGCAUUAUAUUAUUGGAAUAACGAAUAUAUUGUAAAUUUGAUAGGUGAUAAU